UUGCAUCGCCACCACCACCAUCCCUCACACCCCACUCGCUCACCAUGGGCAAGAAGAAGCAGGUCCGCAAGUUCGGCGCCGUCAAGCGCAUGCUCAAUCCCGCCGACACGCGCCUCAAGGCCAACGCCGUGCAGCAGGCCGCAAAGAAGGCCGAGCUCGAGAAGAAGGAGACGAAGCGCGUCACGACCGCCGCCUCGUCGCUCUUCUUUGCGCACAACGAGGCGCUCGGCCCGCCGUACCGCGUGCUCGUCGACACCAACUUCAUCAACUUCAGCCUGCAGAACAAGAUCGAGCUGGUGCAGGGCAUGAUGGACUGUCUCUAUGCCGAGUCGAUCCCCUGCAUCACAUCGUGCGUGCUUGCCGAGCUGGAGAAGCUCGGGCCCAAGUACCGCAUUGCGCUGCGCGUGGCGCGCGACCCGCGCUUCGAGCGCCUGCCGUGCUCGCACAAGGGCACGUACGCCGACGACUGCAUCGUCGACCGCGUGACGAGCCACAAGUGCUACAUGGUGGCCACGUGCGACAGAGAGCUGCGGCGGCGCAUCCGCAAGAUUCCGGGCAUCCCGCUGAUGUACAUCGCCAAGCACCAGUACCGCGUGGAGCGGUUGCCGGACCAGGGCAUGGCCAACUGAGCGCCGCCUCACCCUCUUCUUUCAUUCUCGGCCGUCCUUCAUUCUCUUGGUUCAUCAGUCACGCAUGCAUUCUAUACGUUUCAUUCAGCGUAUGCGCAGCCUCGAUGGCAGGGCUGUCGGAGCAUCUUGCGCCGUCGGCGGGUGGAAGAAACAG